AUGAUCUGCAAAAUAGCUUUCGCCUUGCUCUUGGCAUGUGAUCACGUCGCUUCUGCAGCGCACAUACAUCUACCUAUCGAACGCGUUGCCACCUUUCGCCGGUCUCGCAUCAAUCACACCCUCACCACGAGCGGCAGGCGUCGAUUGCUGGCUAGGAACCAUGCCACCAUCCCCGUCACGACCGAAUUGUCCGGCCAAAUUGAUCUCGGCUACUAUGUCAUGCUCUCAAUAGGCACACCUGCACAGCAGCUACCUAUCCUUCUCGACUCCGGCUCGGCCGAUUUCCAGGUACAGAUCUACGGCAACGGGUUCCAAACACAGCAGUCCAGCACAUUUCAGGAUAGUGGUGCGCCCUUCCAGAUACAGUAUGCCAGUGGCUCAGCCAGCGGUACAACGGUCACCGAUGUCGUCGCACUUGGCCCCUUCUCGGUGGCACAGCAAGCGUUCGGCGCCAUCACAUCAACUAGCGAGAUUGUCACGCCUGCAGUGGGCAUUCUCGGCUUGGGCUUUGAGGCGAUCAGCUCGAACCAGCAAAUGCCUUGGGCGCAGAACUUGAUUCCUCAGCUUGAUCAACCUCUCAUGGCAUUUUAUUUCAGUAGGACACAAGGCGGAUCGACAUUCUCACUGGGUGCGACAGAUCAGUCACAUUAUUCGGGCGAGAUCGAAUGGGUUCCUGUGACCCAAGCAGCUUGGUGGCAGAUCGAGGCCUCGAGCAUCAGCGUGAAUGGACAGAUAGCUGUCGAGAGUAGUAUCAAGUGCAUUAUCGACACAGGCAGUAGCUACGCCUAUACGACGCCCGAGAUCGCUGCUGCCAUCUACGCUCAGAUCGAAGGGUCGCAAGCCUUGGAUAGUCCGGAACUACCGCAAGGAUCCUACUCGAUCCCUUGUGACUAUUCGGGUGUCAUCUCGCUUUCAUUCGGCACCCUGCAAGUCAGUUUCAAUCCUCAGGAUCUCAAUAUUGGCUCGAGCGGGACGGGUGCUUGCGUCGGCGGUAUCAUUGGAGAGGAUCUCAUCGGCGGGGGCUUCCUGUUAGGCGACGUCUUUAUCAAGGCAGCUUACCUCGUCCUUGCAUUUCAAGGACCCGGCGGACCGCCCGCUGUGGGGUUCGCGAAGCCACGUUGA